ACACACACACACACACACACACAAAAGGCCCGUUGGAGCGCGAGAGCGGGACAGGGAGGGUACACAGCCGGAAAACCGUUAACGGCUAACGCACACGAUUGCGAAUUCCGUAGGAGGCAGGUGCACGGAGGAGGAUCCCGUUACCGGUACAGGCCCCGCGGAAUAACGGCGGAAAGGAAUAAAUCGAAAACCGAGGUUUCGUCGCGGCGGAAAAAGCUAGAGGCUUUCUUUUGAAAUCAAGACGGCACGAGAUGAGCAGCUACGUAGAGAACAACCGGGAGGUGAGGGUGACCGGCACCGGGGAACAGCCCGGAGCGAUAUGGAGGGCGGACUCCGAGUCCUACCUCCAGCUUCUGGCGUCACCCUUGGUGUCGCGAUCCCCAUCCCCGGUCCAGGAGGACACGGAGGAGGUGCCCGACACGGAGCUGUCGGAGGACGAGGCGAUGGAGGCGAUCCACGAAGAACCCGUGGAUUACGUGUCCCUCUCCUCAGAGAGCGAGGAGGACGACGGGGGUAAGACCGUCACCCCGGUGGUAUCCUCGGAGGAGGACGAAGGAGGCCGGAGCGCGAAGGCGAGGAUGGCCUACCGCAGCGUGCGGCGGGCGACACAGGGCCACGGUCGGAUUCGGCUGGGAGAGGCGAUGCCGUCGAAGGACCCGCGGGAGGUGCGCGAGUUCGCGGAGGCACGGAUCGCCACGCUGCGGCGGUUCGAGCGGAUGGUGGUGGAGCGGAAGGCAGCCGCCGCCAAGGCCGCGUGGGAAAAACGCCUGUCGGAGUGGCAAGAGGAGGAGGAGGCACUGUGGGUGCCCCACGCACCGUCGUUGCCACCACGGCAGCCGCCGUUGCCACCGACACCACCGCCGCCGUCGCAGCCGCCACCGCCACCAACAACGCAGCAGCAGCCGCAGCCGCCGACACCGGAGCCGCAGCACCCGGGGAUGCCGCAGCCACCGACGCCGCAACCGCAGCCGCCGUUACCGCCGACGCCGCCACCGGCGCAGCCGCAGCCACCACCGCCACCACGCACGCCAACACCGCCGCCAGCACCACCGACGCCGCCACCCCAGGAUGAGGAGGGGCCCCGGUGCGAGCGGCAGCAGUCCUGGGAAGUGGACCAGGCGCACGUCGCGCAAACGCUGCGCACGAUCGGCCUGGGCGGCCUCCGGUGGCACCAGCAAACGGUGACCUGGACGUGGCCCGCACCGCCGGAGGACACGCCGGAGGCCCGCGUGUGGGAGGAGGUGGGCGCGGUCGGAUGGAGGCCGGUGGAGAAGCGAGCGCGCGACCCGCAAGUUCGCGCACGGGUAGAGGUCGAAGACGCGGGAGAGAACCCGGAGAAGGGUCCGUGGGUGUGGCCCGUACCACCACCACCGAAGCUCGCGCGGCAGGAGUCGUGCCCCGAGGCAAGACCGCCACCGCAGCGACCAUGCCUCCGCAGGCAGCAGUCGCUGGGCGGGAAGCCAUGGAAGGAGCUCGAGCGCGCGGAGUGGCCACCCAGAGUGGUCGAGGAGGCCGAGGCCCAGGCGAGAAGAAGCCACAAGGACCGCUGGGCCAAGCUGUUCGCGCUGGACGGCCAGCGGUUCCGGCUGAAGGUGCGUCGCGGCGGGGGCAUUCAAGUAUACGUGCCUGAAUAAACACGGAAAAAAAACGAAAACGACGACUGAGAGUUGUGGCUCACAGUAAAAAAAUAGGUGCGAGCAGCCAACAGGCACGCGGGCCAGCGAGCGGACGCGGGGCCAGGCACGCGGGCCAGCAAUCGGACGCGGGGCCAGGCACGCGGCCCGGCAAAUCGACGCGAGGCUGCCGCAGGCGCGGAGACGGAAGAGGAGGCCUCCAGGGCGCUUGAGGACCAGGGGCAGCCGCCCGGAGCAAGUAGGGGCAUUUCAUCCGAGAUCCCUGAAGAAGGGCCUCCAGGGUGCCCGUGUCCAGGGCCGGCAACCCUGGAGCAUUAAGGGGCUUCAUGGCAUGUCCGAGGAGCUACAAAAAAGAGAGGAUGUGUAAAUAUGGCGGUUUUCUUACAAUAAAUUCCGUAAACUUACCUCCAUUGAGCUGCAACUCCGAAAUCCACGUGUCUGGAGAAAAUCGGGAUGGGGGCGCUACGAUAAUAGCGGUCGAUCGAUAGUGAGAUCGAUAGGGAACAA